AACGACUCCUUCACGGACUUCAGCCAGCAGUACGAGAUCGAGACGGACCCGGCGCUCACCUACGUGGAGGGCGUCUGCGUGCUGUGGUUCACCUUCGAGUUCCUGGUGCGCGUCACCUUCAGCCCGGACAAGCUGGAGUUCGUCAAGAGCAUCCUGAACAUCAUAGACUUCGUGGCCAUUCUGCCCUUUUACCUGGAGGUGGGCUUGAGCGGACUCUCCUCCAAAGCCGCCAAAGACGUCUUGGGGUUUUUGCGCGUUGUCCGCUUCGUGCGCAUCUUGAGGAUCUUCAAGCUGACGCGGCACUUCGUCGGUCUACGCGUAUUGGGACACACCCUCCGGGCGAGCACUAACGAAUUCCUGCUGCUCAUCAUCUUCCUAGCAUUGGGCGUCCUCAUCUUCGCCACCAUGAUCUACUAUGCCGAGCGGAUCGGAGCCAGCCCCAACGACCCAACGGCCAGCCACCACACCAUGUUCAAAAACAUCCCCAUCGGCUUCUGGUGGGCCGUGGUCACCAUGACCACUCUGGGCUACGGAGACAUGUACCCUCAGACGUGGUCGGGCAUGCUGGUCGGCGCGCUCUGCGCCCUCGCCGGAGUGCUGACCAUAGCCAUGCCCGUGCCCGUCAUCGUCAAUAACUUCGGCAUGUAUUACUCGCUCGCCAUGGCCAAACAGAAGCUCCCUAAGAAGAGGAAGAAGCACAUCCCUCAGACGGCGCAGACCGGCUCGCCGUCCUACUGCAAGACGGACCUGAGCACGGCCUGCAACAGCACUCAGGGAGAGCUGUGUUUGGGACAGAGCCGAGGACUGGAGUGCCACCGCUCAGGUGAGAGACGCUCGCCUGCUUCACAUGCUAAAAGACGGAGUGUGAUGCUUUUUUGGGUGUUCAGGGACUCUGGAUGCUGGGGGUAUGAUGAAAAGCUUGAAUUGUAA